AACAACCGUUAAUGUAGGAAACUAAAUCAACUAGAACAAAUCUUACUCCUAUUAUAUCUCAUAAAUAUCUUAUCUUAAUCCUAAUACCAAAUCAUAUCCAUAAUUAUCUCCUUUUUAUAAUAAUCCGUAAUAAUUAAAGAAAAAAACUAACUAGAGAAAGAGUGAAACAGAGAUUGAUACUUGUAAACUUUUGUUGAAGUCACAAGAUGGAAGGGGGUGUCGUGAAACCGGAUAAAACCGAGUUCACAGAAUGCUUUCGGAUGGUUUGGCAUACACCUUAUAUCAUGAGGCUUGCAUUUAGUGCUGGAAUUGGAGGCCUCUUAUUUGGCUAUGACACUGGUGUUAUUUCGGGUGCCUUGCUAUACAUCCGAGAUGAUUUCAAAGAAGUGCAAAAGCAUACAUGGUUGCAAGAAACCAUUGUUAGUAUGGCCGUAGCUGGAGCUAUUUUUGGUGCGGCAAUUGGUGGGUGGAUGAACGACCGAUUUGGUAGAAAAAGAUCAAUCAUGUGUGCUGAUUUCGUGUUCUUCAUUGGUGCGAUUAUCAUGGCGCUUGCUCCAGCCCCAUGGGUCAUAAUCAUUGGUAGAAUUUUUGUUGGUUUGGGUGUUGGAAUGGCUUCCAUGACCGCGCCUUUAUACAUAUCUGAAGCUUCUCCUGCUAGAAUUAGAGGGGCACUUGUUAGCACAAAUGGUUUACUCAUUACUGGAGGACAGUUUUUGUCCUACCUUAUAAAUCUAGCAUUUACCAGGGCGCCUGGAACUUGGCGUUGGAUGCUUGGUGUUGCGGGUGUUCCACCACUAGUUCAAUUUAUCUUGAUGUGGUCUCUUCCAGAGUCUCCAAGAUGGCUUUAUAGGCAGAACAAGGUAGAUGAAGCUAGACAAAUCCUAGAAAAGAUCUAUCCAGCCAACGAAGUUGAAAAGGAAAUGAAAGCGUUGCAAUCAUCCAUUGAAGAAGAACAAAAAGCUGAAGAAUCCAUGAAAUAUGGCAUAUUUUCAAAGAUUAAAAACGCUUGGGGGAACAAGGUUGUUCGUAGGGGGCUUUAUGCUGGCAUUACUGUCCAAGUAGCUCAACAAUUUGUUGGAAUCAAUACUGUUUUGUAUUACAGCCCAACUAUUGUACAACUCGCGGGAUAUGCUUCAAACAAAACAGCUUUAGCUCUAUCAUUGAUCACCGCGGGCCUAAAUGCUGCUGGCACGAUCAUUAGCAUGUUAUUUGUUGAUAGGUGUGGAAGGCGAAGGUUUAUGAUUGUUUCAAUGUUUGGAAUCAUUAUCUGUUUAUGUGUUUUAUCAGCUAUGUUCUUUCAAGCUUCUGUUCAUGCUCCUCCUGUAAGCGUUGUGGAGUCAAAUCAUUUCGGUUCAAACUCUACUUGCUUGGCAUUUAACACAGCUCCUAAUCCAUCAUCAUGGAACUGUAUGACAUGCUUAAAAGCCUCUUCAGGGUGUGCAUUUUGUGCAAAUGGGGCAAACAAAUAUAACCCCGGUGCUUGUUUGGCUCUAGACGACGUAACAAGAGGAACUUGUAAAGCAGAACGUCGUAGUUGGUACACGCAAGGUUGUCCAAGCAAAUUUGGGUUUUUUGCCAUAUUACUUAUGGCAUUAUAUAUUAUCUCAUACGCGCCUGGGAUGGGAACCGUGCCUUGGAUCGUGAACUCUGAGAUAUACCCUUUACGAUAUAGAGGUUUUGGUGGAGGGACGGCUGCAGUUGCUAACUGGACAUCGAAUCUACUCGUGAGCCAAACCUUCUUGACACUCACUCAGACACUAGGGACCGCGGGAACGUUUCUUCUGUUUGCGGGGUUCUCAACCCUUGGACUCGCAGCUAUAUUCUUUCUAGUACCGGAGACAAAAGGUAUGCAAUUUGAAGAGGUGGAAAAGAUGUUGGAAAAGGGAUUUAAACCCAAGCUUUGUUGUUGCACCAAUGAUGAUCAGCAGGAUGAUACAACCAAAUCUGUGUCUUAAACAGACUCUUGUUUAGAAAUAUUAAUUAAUGUUAAUUCUUAGUUUGGAUAUUUUUAAGGUUUAUGAUUUUACAUGAUUUGAACUUCAAACACUGGUUUGGUUUACGAAUGGAUAUUAUAAUUGUUAAUGUGUUUUUAUAUAUAAAACCGAUUGAAGCG